UUGUGGGUAAUUUAAGUACCGCGAGACCUUCAUGUGACGUCAGAAACAAUCGACGGCAGUGGUGAUUUUGAACGGGAUGUGCACCUUUCUAUUUUCAUAAAUAAUACUUUUCAACAAUGUAUUAGGAGGGGUUGGUUUACAAUCCUGAAUACGAUGGCCAAUCAAAGAGCGCUCCCUCAAAGCAAGGAGAGUCUUCUUCAGAACUACAACAAAAGACUGAAGGAUGAUAUCAGGUCCAUUCUAGAUAACCUCACGGAAAUCAUAAAAACCGCAAAGGUAGAGGACGAGACGCAAGUCUCUCGGGCUACACAGGCUGAGCAGGACCACUAUGAGAUGCACGUCAGAGCAGCCAACAUUGUGCGUGCGGGCGAGUCCCUGAUGAAGCUCGUGUCGGACCUGAAACAGUUCCUGAUCCUCAACGACUUCCCAUCAGUAAACGAGGCCAUCAGCCUGCAGAACCAGCAGCUGCGCUCGCUGCAGGAGGAAUGUGACAAGAAGCUCACCUCGCUCCGUGACGAGAUCGCCAUCGACCUGUACGAGCUAGAGGAAGAAUAUUACUCCUCCAGCUACGGUCAGUGGGACAGUACCGACCUGCCCCUGUGUGAGGCCUACUGGCGUUGGGACAGUUGGGCGUCCCCGGACGGGGGCGCCACCUCCGGGUCAGCCCAGGGGGUCGAGGAGGACACAGACGGACCUGCCUCCCAGGAGACCACCCCCAAACACCACCUCAACGGACACGGGACCACCGCCGCGGCAGACAAGCCCUAAAGCACUGGAGCAGACCACAUAUGGAUGUAGAAUGGACCUCUCCCUCCAACACUGUGUCACUCAGAUUAUUACAGUGGUACGUAGAUUAGUGUUAAUGUAUCAUAGUCUAUCCAUGUACAGUAUGACAAGUCUUCCACUGUCAGUGUGUCUGGUGGAAAUGGGGGGCAAGCAAAACUGAACCGAAGACCUUUAAUGUUUCUCAAUGGUAUUCCUCUGUAUACUUUAAGAUUACUAGGGAACAGUAUGAAGCAUUGAUAGUAUGAUGAACAUUGUUGAUAAGCUAACGUUACACUCCAACUGCACCAAUAUCACUCAUACUUUAUUCAAUCAAUAAUGGUAAUCCAUCUCAGGUUGCUUCUCCGAUAGUUUAUAAAUGCUGUAAGCCCUGUAGCAAGGUAUCCGACCAAAUGGAUAGAGUAUGUUUUUUUGUUUUGACAAGAUUAGAAAUAAUGCCUAAUGCAACUAGUGUAAAGACUAUUAGCUGGCCCAAACAACUUUAAAACUGUGUCUCCCGAAAAUGUAACCAAGAUUUGUUUUUGCCCUGUCUGUCUAAUAUCCCCAUUACAUACACUUGAGAUUUAGUUUGAAAGACAUUUGAGUUACCCCAGUGGCAGAAACAUGGCGCAUUACUGAUGCCAAGUUCUUUCUUUUGGUUGAAAAUGUUCUAAAUGUAUGACCAUAAGACUGCAUGUCAUGCAAGUAUAUGGAUGUUAUGUUCUUAGAUUUCUUUUGUAGCAUUGUUUUUGUAAUAUUGCAAUUUCAGUUAGUAAGCUUUUAAUUGCAUGAAGAAUUAGACAAGUGAAUAAAACACCAUUAUAGACUCAA